GCUGUCGAGACGCUUGAGCUAUUGGUCAACAAGUUGAUGCUGCUUGCACAGACUCCACUCCCAAAUUCUAUAUCUGUUAACUCCAAGGAUAGUGAUGACAAAACAAUCUUACAACUCAGCUGCAGAAAUGGGGAAAAUUGAGAUGAUGCAGUAUUUACUACAAAGUAGUAACAUAAAAUUUGAAGUAAAUGAUGUGAAGGAAGCCUUAAAAAUAUUAUCACCAGCUGAAAAGAAUGAUCUAAAAAUUGGGUUUCCCGAGUACUCCAAACAUGGCAAGAAGCAUAAGAAUACAACUCUAUCUAAAAAUAAUAAUCAGCAUGGGCAUAAAGAGAGGUUGAACACGUUAAUGGUGGUGGCGACAUUGAUAGCAGGAAUUGCCUUUCAAGCUACGUUAAACCCACCGGGGGGGUUCUGGCAAGAUGACACCAAAAUUGACUCUGGUACUGGCCCUGUUACAUUUACUUAUUAUCUUGAUCGUAUGUUUGGCUCUGCUAUAACUGGCAAUUUGGAAAGUUACAUGCAAGACUACUUGGAGCAUACUGUAAUACGUCGUAAUAAAGGUAGUGAUGAAUACUAUUUUGUUUCCUGGAAUGGUGCACAGAAAAAGAUUAAGGAUUUUAUCGAAGCUCUAAUGAAUUCUCCAGAUUUUUCUAGGAUAAGUAGAGGAUUAAUUCUAGAAAAUUUCAACUUGACCAGUGUUGUUUCAAACUACAAUAAUAGUCUUGGCGGCGGUGUUUUUUCCCCUUAUCUAAUACGCUAUGCUGGACAUCCUAUAUUGGCAUAUACAAACCCGACGGUCUACACAUUUUAUAUGAAUACUAACACUGUUGCAUUUCUUUUGUCUGUGAUGCUAAUUUUAUUGGUCCCAAGUGGAAUUAUGGACGAUUAUCAGUUUCGACCUCUUGUUGCGCUGAUGUGCAUUUCAACCUUGUGUAUCGGAAUCAGUUAUUGGGCUAUUUUAUACACUAUGACGCCAGGUUUUUAUGUUAAAGAGCCUACAAAAUAUUCACUCUAUGGAUAUUUUGGACUCUUCAGCUUCUAUGGAAUUAUCGUCUUCAUCCAAAUCUUAAUAUCUAGGAUGGAUAAGCUGAAAAACAAGCACUUAAUUGGAUUUAAUUACUUGGCAGCACUUGUCAGUAUGAACCCAGUUACUGCAGGAAAAUUGAUCAUAUUUAUAUUUGGUUACUGUGUUACCAAUCUUCAAGUAUUUUAUAGCUUUAAAGAAUUUGUUUUGAAGUGAAUGGCGCAAGACUCUUGAUGUUAAUGUCUGGAGUCCCACUGGAGUACCAUACAUGUUUUUUUUCCAGAACAAAGGAAUUAUUGAAGAUUUUGUGGUAAUUGACAAUUCUUCUGAUUAUCAAUUUUUGUUGUUGUUUGUAUACGUUUGGAGAAUAAUCAUAUAAUGAUGUAACAUUCUUCAGAUCAAAUUUCAUGUUUGUUCUAUUAGCAUAUCAGCCUCUAAUCAUGCUUACUUUACCUUUUAGCUAAUACAUGUUUUUCGUAAGCUGAUAUGUUUAGUUCAUGCUAAGGAUCACAUAUGCCACAACCACAAACAUCAACGUGAAAUACUAUAUGUUUAAACAUGCUUCCUACUUAACUCUAUCAUUUUUAGAUACAACUACUUCAUGAUCAUACGUGUUGCAUACUUAGGAUCAAAGUAUUAUACAACCACUAUGUGACAAACAAGGAAUAAUAGA